CCUGAGCCUGUUGAAGUGCAGACGGACAGCUACCUUCAGCGGAUCACUGCUCCAUCUACCAGAGUACCAGGUCCUCAGGGUUGAAACAUGAGCGCCUUUGUGACUCUCUCAUCAGGGCAGAAGAUGCCCAUGGUCGGACUCGGCACAUGGAAGAGCGCUCCAGGACAGGUGAAGCAGGCAGUGCUGGAAGCUUUGGACUGUGGGUACAAACACAUUGACUGUGCUGCUGCAUACAGCAACGAACAGGAGGUGGGAGAGGCUCUGGCUAUCAGGGUCGGCCCUGGGAAGGCUCUGUGUCGAGAGGAGGUGUUCAUAACAUCCAAACUGUGGAACACCAAACAUGACCCGGAGGAUGUUGAGGAAGCGUGUAGGACCACUCUGGCCCACCUGGGUCUGUCCUACUUGGACCUGUACCUCAUGCACUGGCCCAUGGCAUUUCAGCGUGGGAAGGAGCUGAUGCCUCGACGAGAAGAUGGUAGUAUUUGUUACUCUGACACACACUACAGAGACACUUGGGCAGCCUUGGAGAGCCUAGUGGACAAAGGUCUGGUCAAAGCUAUAGGACUGUCCAACUUCAACGCCAGGCAGACUGAUGACAUCAUCAACAUGGCCAGACACAAACCUGUGGUGAACCAGGUGGAAUGCCAUCCUUAUUUGUCUCAAGCAGAUCUCCUGUCUCACUGUCGGUCAGUCGCAGUUUGUGUGACAGCCUACAGUCCUCUGGGCAGCGGGGACAGACCCUGGGCCUCUCCUGAUGAACCAAGUGUGCUGCAGGAUCCUGGACUGGCUGCUGUCGCAAAGAGAUAUCAGAAAACACCUGCCCAGCUCAUUCUCAGGUGGAACGUUCAGAGGGGGGUUGUGUGCAUCCCUAAAAGUGUGACGCCCUCCAGGAUCCAGCAGAACUUGCAGGUGUUUGACUUUUCUCUGUCAGAAGACGACAUGAAGCUCAUUGAAACCUUUAACCACAACGAGCGCUUCAUCGUUCCAACUGUCGAGAGGGACGGCAAGAGAGUGUGGAGAGAUGCAGAGCACCCACAUUUUCCCUUCAAUGAUCCUUACUGAGCCUACAAUCAAGGAACGCAGUGUUGUUUUUCUGAAGAAAACAAAUAUCUAAACUAAAUUAAAAUAUGCUCAAAAUGCAGUUUCCUUUUUUGUGUUGGAUUGAAUUAAUAUUAUAGACUACAUUUGCAGAAGAGCUUAAAAUAAGUUUUCAGUCACUUGUCUGCUGAAAAAAUGACUUUUCAGACACCAUAAUGCUGUAGUCGGCAACAGAACUGCCGCUCUGCCCAAAUAGCUUUGAUCACCUGCCUGUUUCACAGUGAUGGGCAAAGCAUCAGUGAACCACAGCAGAGGCAAUGCUGUCAGAGGUUAAACUUUUCACUUCUGAUUAAUGAAUGUAAAUCAUGACCUUCUCAUCGUAGUAUUAAGUGUAUAACUAUUGUGAGAACACAUCCUCAUCUGUAAAACUAUUAAAUAUCUUUGAA